AUGCUGCGCAAAUCUCUUGCUAGUCUGCCGCGGACGCUAGACCAGACAUACGACCGCAUUCUUACCGCGAUAGGCGAGGAAUAUUCUGAGUAUGCUAUGCGCAUCCUGCAGUGGCUGACGUUCUCUGCGCGGCCGCUGUCCGUCGAAGAGGUCGCUGAAGUCGUCGCCAUUAACGUGGCGCGCGACCCAGCGUUCGACCGUGAUAAGGUGCUAGAAGACCCGCUAGAAGCGCUAAACAUCUGCUCUAGUCUAGUCACUAUCACAACGAACGAAGUGGACAGAAGAUUAGGGUCUGCUCAACGGAUCGUUGCUCUAGCACACUACUCAGUGCAGGAGUACCUUGUAUCAGACAGGAUCAGGCAGGGUUUAGCAAAGCAGUACAGCAUGCAAGAGGCCGCAUGUCAGAGUGCAAUAACGAGAGGUUCUUUAAAGUACCUAAUGCAGCUCCAGCAGCCAUUAGAAAGAGAGACACUUUAG